AUGGACAAGCAUGUGACCGGUGCCGAGUGUCGACUACCGCCUCUCGACGCAUCUCUCCUCUUUGAUGGCCCACUCUCACUUAUCGUCAUUGUUCUCGGUGUUGUCGGAAAUCUGUACAGUCUUCGAGUCUUAUUCCGCACGUCGAUCAACACAGCGAUGCUCGUUUCACUAACAGGCCUAGCCGUUUGGGAUGUCGUGCUGUUAGUGACCGCUUUCAUGCACCACUCAAUCUGGGCCUCUCUGCACUACCUCCAAAUCGCUGAGUCGCUCUGGGAUCCAUGGGCGGUGGCGCUAAACGGAUUACUCGAAUGUGCUCAUAUCACAUCGACAUGGAUGCUAAUCGUUGUGUCAGCUGAGAGAUUCUUUGCCGUCACACGUCCCUUUCAUUCAGCUGCAUCGAUGAGGGGGAAACCGAGACGUCCGAGUUAUGCUCGACUUAUCGGAGGUCUAAUCCGUCUCCCAUUGGUGCUGACCGCAUUAGCCUGUCUUCUGACUUUGCCUUGUUCUUUCGAAUAUCGUCUCAUCCCGUGCACUCACAACGAUCAAACCCUCAAUCAGAAAGUGAAAACCGAUCUAAUGCUAAAUCCUUACUACAAAGUGCUCUUUCACACUCUAUUACUUUCAAUCAUGAAAACUUUUGGCCCAUUCGUGGUCAUCACACUGCUCACCGCUUCUACAGUUAAAGGUUUACGUGAAUCGAUGGACUGUCGAGCGUUGAUUCUUUUAGAACAAGGGAAAGAGCAUCUUUUUGCAGCUGAUCAAGACAAAACUCGAUCACUUCAGAUGAUCUCCGUGCUACUACUUGGUAAAUUCUUGCUGCUUCGAUGUUGGCCAACAGCUGUGGCUGUAGCUGGGGUGUUCUUUGGCGAUGGUAUUAUCGAGAGGCUUCUUCCAGCAAAUGCCUCCGAAUUUCUGCUUCUUCUAAACUCAGCCACAAAUUCUUUUGUUUUCGUGAUCUUGAAAGCCGCUUUUGAAUCAAGAAGGCUAAAGCGAAUCCGUAUGCGACAUCGUCAACUCGUGGCACAACACGCAGAACAAGUGCUUAGUAUUGGUAAAAUGUUGGCCUCGGAUCAUAUUCUACGCGGGCGAAUUCCGAGUUGGCCAAGUUUGGGUUCACGUCGGAAAGCGGAUCCAGAAGGGAACGCAAAUGUGGCCCUCGUUGAACAUAUUGAAUUGGAACAACGAAAUUCUGGCCUAUCUAUGGGCUCUUUUAGU